UGUAGUGUGUAGACUUUUUAUUUUAAGACAAUUUGAUGCCUUUCAGGCUCUAGCACGCCACAUAAAAUGACAAUCACAGGCCCAGGUGUAGGUGGUUAUUUGCAGAUUUAUGUCAUGCUAUGUGUAGGCCACAUGAAAUUCAGAUGUUCCAGUGGGACCAAUACGCCUUCUAAUCACAUCAUUCUCCAUCCAUUACAGCUAUCCAUCCAUUAUCUGUAACCGCUUAUUCUACUCAGAGCUGCUGAGGGCUGAGGGCCUAACCCAGCUGACACUGGGGGGGAAAGGACCCUGGACAUGUUGCAAGGCCAUCCCAGGGCUGGCACCAUUCAGAGUCCUCAUGUAAUCUGAGUUGCAUAUAUUUAGACUGCAGGAGGAAACCUGGAGAACCUGCAUAGCACUGGGGAGAAUAUGCAAACUCCACUCAGAAGCAGCGGCUCGUAUUUAUUUAUACUGGUUUCCACAAAAAUGUAAAUUUCCCCAUAAAAACAACCCACGUGGAGGUGGUACAGACUUUCUGCAAAGAGACGUUCCCGUGGAUUCGAUAUCUCCAAACCUGGAUAAAUAAAUCAAAACUAGAAUAAAAUGCGCUAGAUACCAGAAGUGGGUACUAAAAAUAAUAACUUGAUCCACCAAAUAUUGACUUUCCUUUGUCAUAUGAAUGUGCCAGUCUUUGAGAAGAACAUUUUCCCAGAAGAAAACAACAACAAUGUGGUAAGGGCAACGGUGUGAGAGGUGUGGCUGUACAUGUCACUGUGGAUUAAUUUAUCAACUGGAUGUUAAAGAUGAAAGUGCAACUCUAUUGGGACAUCCAUGGCCACUGCCCUCCAGGUAAAUCCUAGUUUCUGUAUCACACAUCGGUCUGUUUCCUUGUCAGUAUAAUGCUCUCACCUUCGAGGGAAGUGACUUGGUGCAGCGUCAUCCUGUUUGCUAUCAUUGCGCCUGGGCUUUACAACUCUUAUAAAUACACAGAGCAACUUCCAUGUUGUGCUGAGUAGGCAGCAGGAGAGGGCAUGUCAGAUAACAUCGGCAUUUAUCAGUGCAGGUUGUAUCUGUGGUAACGUACUUUUUGCCAUUUAAUUGUACUUUGAUUUUCAGGUGGUUGUCUCAUCGCUGCAGAAAGGGGGAUUUAAUCAAAUUUUACUUUGGCAUUACUGUUGACAGUAGUGUUGCCAAUAAGAAGCUUAAGCAUCUGAGUGAGCGAGUGUGUUUCAUAUAUAUUUAAAAUGCCCAGAAGUGCUUCGUCCAUGUCUCUGUCAUUCUGGUUCUUCACUCUGAAGCUGUGCUCAUCGCUGCUCCUUGUGGGGCUCUUGAGCAGGCAGCCGGGGCUCCGAGGGGGGUUGCAGGUGGUUCAGGCAGCUAUUUGUUCCCGGUGGGGCACAUCAGGCGAUCAGGGUAUGUUCCAGGAGGGAGAUGUAGUGCUCGGUGGGCUCUUCAGUCUUUACUCCAAGCCUCCAGCUAUCGACAGCGACUUCACUCAGCUGCCACACUACAAACCUUGCACGGGUUUGGAAAAUCUUCCAUUACAGUACAUAUAUGCUAUGGUGUUUGCGCUGGAGGAAAUCAAUCAUAGCACAACCUUGCUGCCAGGGGUGAAGCUCGGCUUCCAUAUUCAAGAUAGCUGUGCCCUGCCGUCUUGGGCCAUGCAGGCAGCUCUGUCAAUGGUUGGAGGAGACAGCGCCAGCUGUAACUCAACAGCCCGGCCACUUUAUUCUGCUGGAGAGGGCGUCGGGCAAAAAAGAGGUGAUCAGACUGUUCCUUUGAUCAUUGGUGGUUCCUCAUCUAUUACAGCCCAGAUACUCUCCAGAAUCCUGGGGCCACUCGCCAUACCUUUAAUGAGCUACACAGCUAGCUGUCCUUGUCUGAGUGACAGACUCCAGUAUCCUAACUUCUUCAGGACCAUGCCCAGCGAUAUUUACCAAGCCCGGGCCAUUGCCCAGCUUGCCAUUCGCUUCAAUUGGACCUGGAUCGGAGCAGUUGUAGCAAACAACGAUUAUGGCCUUGUAGCCCAAAAGGUUUUUGAGGAGGAGACUCGGGGGGCCGGGGUGUGUAUUGCAUUUGUGGAGACUCUCCAAAGGGAAAACAUUGUGACAGAUGCCAGACAGGCGGCCCUCACAAUUCAGGCCUCGACUGCAAAAGUGAUUCUGAUCUUUACCUGGUACACAGAUGUGAGAGAACUGUUCUCGCAACUAGCCAAGAUAAAUGUGACUGACAGACAGUUUCUUGCUAGUGAGGCUUGGAGCACCAGUGGUGAUCUACUCCGGGAUCCGUUCACUUCCAAAGUGGCACGUGGUGUUCUGGGUGUGGCCAUUCGAAGUUCGCCCAUCCCUGGAUUUGAACAUUUUCUCAUGAGUUUGAACCCAUACGAUCGUCCUGAAGAUACGUUCUUAAAGGAACUCUGGGAAAAGAUGUUUGAUUGUAGACUUUGGGCCACACCACAAUCUACGAAUACUUCUCCACCGUCACUUCAAAAGGAUGCUCGGCCACUCUGCAAUGGGACAGAGUCAAUGGAGGCCGUGCAGAAUCAAUUCACCGACAUCUCCCAGCUAAGAGUGACAUAUAACGUGUACCUUGCUGUUUACGCUGCAGCUCACGCCCUUCACAGCCUCCUGUCCUGCCCUGAUACAGAAAGCUCCACCAGAAACAGCAGCGUCAACUGUUCCUCUCCCCAACACAUCAACUCCUCAGAGUUGUUGCAGCACUUGAGCAAAGUAAAUUUCACCACGCCACAUGGGGAUAUGUUUUACUUCCAAGGUGGUGACACUCCAGCAAAGUACGACCUUGUCAACUGGCAAAACACCCCUCAGGGGUCAGCCAAACUUGUUUUGAUCGGCCGUGUGGACGGGUUCAACAUCCACCUUAACGAAUCAGCCAUUCAGUGGAGCACAGGAUCCAGUCAGGUGCCUACGUCAGUGUGCAGCGAGAGCUGCCUCCCAGGUACCCGAAAGGCCAACAGGAAAGGAGAACCUCUUUGCUGCUUUGACUGUAUCCAAUGUGCCGAAGGAGAGAUUAGCAAUCAAACUGAUUCCCUUCAGUGUGUACAUUGUCCAUCUGAGUUUUGGUCCAAUGCUGAGCGAACUGCAUGCAUCCCUCGCCAGCUGGAUUUCCUGUCCUUUAAUGAAACCUUGGGCAUCACCCUGACCGCAGUCGCUGUAUCUGGUGCCACAGUGACAACAGCUGUGUUUGUAGUUUUCCUUUACUACCGUCAAACACCUAUGGUGCGAGCCAACAAUUCAGAACUGAGCUUCCUGCUUCUCCUGUCCCUGAAGCUGUGCUUCCUGUGCUCACUGGUGUUCAUCGGUCGUCCAUCCGUCUGGUCUUGUCGGUUCCAACAGGCAGCUUUUGGGAUCAGCUUUGUACUUUGUGUUUCCUGCCUCCAAGUUAAGACUAUAGUUGUUCUGGCAGCCUUCCGCUCAGCUCGGCCUGGUGCUGGAGCCCUGAUGAAGUGGUUUGGUCCGGGCCAACAAAGAGGAAGUGUCUGCUUAUUUUCCUUCAUACAGGUUCUCAUCUGUAUUAUUUGGCUGCUGUCCGGCCCCCCUGUGCCUCGAGUGGACUUGGAUAUUCCAGGGGUCAAAGUGUCCUUGAAGUGCACCAUGUCCUCUGUGGUGGGCUUCUCUCUGGUUCUGGGUUACAUCGGUCUGCUGGCCUGCACCAGUCUUCUCCUGGCUUUUCUUGCUCGGAAACUCCCCGACAACUUCAACGAGGCCAAACUGAUCACUUUCAGUAUGUUGAUCUUCUGUGCUGUUUGGAUAGCUUUUGUUCCUGCCUAUGUUAGUUCUCCUGGAAAAUAUGCUGUUGCUGUGGAGAUUUUUGCAAUACUCGCCUCUAGCUAUGGUUUACUUUUCUGCAUCUUUGCUCCAAAGUGUUUUAUUAUUCUUUUGAGGCCUAAAAGAAAUACUAAGAAACACCUGAUGGCCAGGUAGAAGAGAAAUUAAUAGAACAGCCCAUAUAUUCUUGCAUUUAUUUUAAGUACAUAUACCUGCCUGCUAAAAACACUGUAAUCGUUUUCACCAACUAGUGACAUAUAUGAUACGUUUAUGCCACUCUUGUCCAUCUACUAUUAAUUAAUAACAAAUAAUAUCAUGUAUUCACAAAGACAACUGAAUAGUUACUGACAGAAAAAUAUAAUAAAUAUAUAAACUAUUUUAUAUUUUAUUUAUUCAAUAUUAUUUAAUA